CCUUCCUCCACCAGGGGUCGCAAUUCAGCCGGUUUCUGUCUGCGGAACCAUCGAGCAACGUCUCCUCAGAACGGGGAGUGGAAAGUGUGUGACACACUUACCAAACAGUAAUGAAACGAAGGUUCGAUGACUGUGGUGUGAGGGGGUAAACCAAUAUGGCCUGCCACCGUGUUCCACUGGUCCUGCUAGCCUGUGGCUCUUUUAAUCCCAUCACCAACCAACACAUGAGGCUUUUUGAGCUGGCCAGAGACCACAUGCACAGCACAGGCCAGUACCAGGUGGUGGGUGGCAUUGUGUCUCCAGUCGGUGAUGGCUACGGAAAGCAAGGCCUGGUUCUGGCUCAGCACCGUAGCGCCAUGGCAAAGCUGGCGCUGCAGAGCUCCGACUGGGUCACGGUUGAUGAAUGGGAGAGCCAGCAGGCAGACUGGACGGAGACCGUGGUCACCAUGAGGUAUCAUUAUGGCCGUAUCUUGAAGGAGUAUGAGCAGAGCACAGGAAAGCACAAACACUCCAUCGGAAACACAUCUCCCCUCUCAAGCCCCUAUCCCCAGUUGAAGCUCCUGUGUGGAGCUGAUUUCCUCAACACUUUCCAGAUCCCUGGCCUGUGGCUGGAUGACCACGUAGAGGAGGUGGCCGGACAUUUCGGACUCAUCUGCGUCAGUCGGGGGGGGCUUCAUCCCGAGCGAGCCGUGGCCAUGUCAGACACACUGUCGCGCCACAGUCAAAACAUUUUCCUGGUCAGGGAAUGGGUGAGGAAUGAGACGAGUGCCACCAAGGUCCGCCAGGCUCUGAGACAGGGCUUGAGCGUGAAAUACUUGAUCCCAGACUCUGUGAUAGAAUAUAUUCACCAGCACAACCUCUACACGGAGGAAAGCGAGAGGAGAAAUAAGGGCACAGUGCUGAGGCCGCUCGCCAAACUGGCACAACAGCCAAUGCAGAGUCUGGAUGACUGAUAGCUGAGCAUGAAGGCCUUGAAGUGUGAACUCACUCACAGAUCAGUGCUUCUCUUCAGGGACUGCAAGCUCGGCUAACUUCAACUGGACUGCAGAGUGAUAAAGCUUUGAACAUCCUGCUAGGAGAUAUACAAAGGCCCAAAUGUGUUUUUCCAGGCAUCACUUGUUGUUAGUAAGAAGCAUUUUCACAGUGCUGUGGUGUGUUUUCAAUCAUACACUUGGACUGUUGCAAAUACUGAGUCUCAUCUUUGUGCCACAGGGUCAAUAAACAUUUGCAGUUUUUGAAGUGUACUUUUAGUUUUACAUAUCACAUCAUUGCAGAGUUGGAUACAUUUAAAUAAAAUACUGUAUAUUUAAAGUA